AUGACUAAUAACUCAUCAGUUGGUGGUGCAUAUUUGCGGCGCCAGGUCAAUUUCCAGGUAAUUUUAGUGCAGCUUUUGGUGUUAAUCUUCCUUUGCAUCAACUUGUUGCUCAUUGUGACCUUUUUUUCUAAGGAUGUCUUCUACACAACCAUGCGCUACAUCUUAUUUGCUGUUACACUGCUAUCUGAUAGCCUGAUAUUAAUCAUGUCUGAUGUUGUGCUCAUCUUGAGCUAUUUCCGUUUUAUCAUACAGAUGUGGUUGUGUGUUAUUAUAUACAUUGUUGUGUCUCUGCACACUUUUGUCACACCAAUUACUCUAACAGCAAUGACCCUGGAGCGCUUUGUGGCCAUUUGCAUGCCCCUGCGGCAUGCAGAGCUGUGCACCAUACACAGUACUCUACACUGCAUCUUAAUCAUUCAUGGCCUCAGCUCUAUACCCUGUAUUGUUAUUCUCUUCAUCUUCUUUGCAUCUGCUACCCACAGCUUCUACACCCAGGACAGAAUAUGCUCUGUGGAGAUAUUUGUAUUGCGCAAUUGGCAGGGUCAUCUUAGGUCAGCUAUAAGUCAGUUCUACUUCUUGAUCAUGUGCAUCACCAUUGUGUUUUCUUAUGUUAAAAUAAUGAAAGUGGCCAAAGCUGCAUCAGGAGAGAACAAAAAAUCAACAUGGAGAGGGCUCAGGACAGUGAUUCUUCAUGGCUUUCAGCUGCUCCUCUGUCUCAUCCAGCUGUGGUGCCCUUUCAUAGAAGCUGCUGUACUUCAGAUUGAUUUAAUGUUAUUCAUUAAUGUCAGAUACUUUAAUUACAUUAGUUUUUAUCUUGCUCCAAGAUGUCUGAGUCCUCUCAUUUAUGGUCUUAGGGACGAAAUGUUCUUUCAUGCACUGAAAUACUACGCUCUCUGUGGAUUGUAUAAGAAACAAUGAUCAGAUUUAUUUUGCUCAUGA